AUAAUAAGCAGUUUUCAGCUUAUAAGCAACUUAUUUUUUUUUUUAGCCAAACAGACUUCAAUAAAUCUUCUCUUCCUCUAUCUACCCCAGCCUCGAAAUUUAAUUUCCUUAAUAUCCUCUUUCAUUUUCCAUUCGUUUGGUGUAGGGUAACUUUUACAUAUAGCCGACAAUCUUUGGCGAGAAUAUGUUAUAAUCCGUACUUCCUAAACAUUUUUUUAAACUUAAUUAACAUUUGCUUAUACCCUUUUAAUUUGAACUGUACUGAUUAUAUAUAGAUAGUGAUUUCAAAAGCUUUUAAACAAGUACAAUAUUUUGAAAAAUUAAUCAGCAUCAAUAUCAAAUCCAACUUUUCAUUCAGAUUUUGAAUUUCCAAACUUACAGAAUUGCUGAAUUUCCACUUGAUUUGAUUAUUAAUAAAUGAAUUGUCACAAUGAAUAAGAAAAUAAAUUGAGAAAAUGAACAAUAAAAAGUAGCUUUGAAGAUUUUAAUCAUUACAUAGAUUAUUAGCUUUGAAGAUUCCUUUGGGCUGCAUAUUACCAGACUCUCUUGGGCCUUUAGUCUUUUUUUCCCCCUUUCCACUACACCCUUCCAACUUUGCACAUGAUGACUACGUACAUUGUUAGGUUUAAAGAAUAAUCUCUUCAUAUUAUUUUCUUUACUAGUUAAGUGUACGUAUUUUUAAAAUAUAAAUUAUUAUGUGUAUGUUAUAUAAAAAUAUAAAAAAUAAUAUAAAAAUUAAGAUAAAAAGCCAGGUAUUGAAAAAGGAACAUGAUAGCUCAUUAUCAUAUCAUAAUUAAAGAGCAAAAUUAAGUGGACGUUUGACCAUGUUUCAUAGAGAAAUUUGGAAAAAGUAAUUUUUGUUUUCAAAGUUAAAAUGAUAUUUAAAAAUUGAGUUAUGUUUGAUCAUAAAUACAAAUUGAAAUUGUUUUUGACAUAUUUUCAAUAAAAUUAAUACAUGAAUAUCUUUUAUUGAAAAAUUAUAUUGUAUAAAUAUAAUUUAAAGUUAUUAUAUAUAUAAAUAUUGAACACCGUUAAUAUAAAUUUUGAAUUCACCAUUAAUUAGGAUAAUACUUUUUUAAUAUACAUCUCUUUUUCUUUUCUUUCAUGAAAUCCCUCAGCAGAUGUGUUUCAUUCGUAAGCAAUCACACACAAUAUAUAUAUAUAUAUCAAUAGAAGCAACCAAUGAAAAUCGUACUAAAAGAAAAACAAAGAAACUAGACUUUUACUCCUAACAUUUCCUAUCUCGAUAGAAUCUUGUCAAAAUCUACUUGAUUGUGUCUCAGUAGUGUUUUCAUAUCUUUAAAGAAGAUAAGCACCCUAUAGUUACAUCACUCCUACUGCUUAUGUAAUUCGAAAGUAGGGUCGAUAUAAUAUUUAAGUACUACAUAUGUGUGUGUCAUUCUUACGUAGACAUCAUACUAAUUAAUCCUGUCUGUAUCAUUUCAGUUUUAUCUAAAGUCCCAAAGGGGUCAAUGUAGUAUGAAACAACUCCUCUUAAAUUGUGUGCACACACACACGACAAACCUUGAGAAACAGGUCAAGCCGGAUCUAAGGUUUUAUUCAGUGUGUCUAAAUGAAACACAAAUAUUAUGACAUGUUUUUGAAAAGAAAUUUCUUCCCUUAAUAAACAUUUUGAUGUUUAUAUAUACUGUCUUUUAAUCCAUUCAUCUAUUUUUCUUUCACUAUCCAAGACAGCAAUAUGAGGUCCAACAUUUAAUUUUGAGAUUCUAAUACGAACUCAAAUAUUUACGUGGGCCCUAGUAGCCACCCCUAAUAAUCCCCACGCGUCCGAAUGCCAUAGCUUUAUUAACCACAACAGUUCUCAUACUAGCGCGUUCUUUUCACUCACUAAAAACCAACCAUUUGUCAAGUUUCAAUUCCCAUCAACAUACCUUCUCUUUUUUUUCUUCUUCUUAUUUUAAUUUAUUUGUAUAAGAAUCUCUCUUUUUUAAGUAACUUUUUCUAAUUUAUUUUUAAAUGACAUAUUUCAAAUUACAAAAUUUAAAACUAUUUUUAGUUUAAAAUAAUAACAUUCCAAAGUGAUUUUUUUUAUAGCUUUUUAAAAUUACACAUCAAGUCAAAAUUAGAUACUUUAUUUUAUGUGACAUUAUUUUUUUUAAUUCAUCUUAAAAAGAAUGUCAUUUUAUUAUAAUUAAAAAUAAUUUAAAUUUAAAUUUUUUCUUUUUCAUAAUCAGAAAUAUUUAAUAAUUUUUUAUAUUAUAAAUUUUAAUUUUUUUAUAAAUAUUAUAUCAAAUCAAAAAAUGCUACAUAAAUUAGGGCGAACUUCAAACCUCCCUUGGGAGAAUAUGGUGAUUCUCACGGGCGAGCAAGGAGCGUGACAAAGUCUGAAAAGCUGUAACUAUUCUAACAAGAGACACGCGUCCAUUAAUAGGAACCUCCCACCAAAAAGUAUUCACCACUUUGGUUAUCACAACUUAAAAUGUACAUACGUGUCAACUUUUUGUCUGAGUGCAAUAUACGUGUCCACAUUCUCAUUGGCUAUUCCCUUCACACCAAUCAGGACACCCAAUUUCUCUGGAUACGCUACUUUAUCAAUGGACCCACCUAAUCGCUGUGCACCAAUCAAAUCUCUUUACUAUUCUACGCUUGCCCUAGACACGUGCCCUUCCUUCACCCCUAUCACUGUGCUGUAACUAUGAUAAUCUUCUCGGCCACCGGUCAAAUUUCAUUUUCUCAGCCUAAAAACACCACCUGGAGAAACCUCCUCACCCGUGAUGGACGGUGGAAAUGGUUGUCCAGCCGCAAGAUACGCCGGUGGACCGCACGAUACGACGAUAAUGAACCAGAUAAUGCUUAGAUUCCGACCGAUCGCACCUAAACCGGUCGCCGGCGGUUCAUCUCCAGUAUGUACACCGGAAAAUAACAACAUGGAACUCGUUACAAAAAGAAGAGCGAAGAGAAAGUACGUUAGAGUUAAGAAAAGUAGCAAGUGCAAGUCUAACAAAGAAGACGAAGCAAAUAAAGACGGAUCUUCACUGUAUGAGGAUGACGGAACUUUCUUAACCCUUCAGUUGAUGCCGGAAAGCAGUAGCGGCGUUAAGAACUCUCUAGAAAACACCGGAUCUCGACCUUUCUGGAUGAAUUAUCAUAAAUCGGAGAAUAGUGAGAUUUUCCCCGUAGGAUCAGAUCAGUUAGAUCGGAUGGUUGAGAUGCAGAAGAAAAGAGUGGUGGAGUCGUGGGUGAUGGUAGACCGGAUGACUAAGGCGUUGGUAGACGGAGAAGCGUUAGGUAGUACGGACACGGAGAAGAUGAAGAAUCUGGAAGCUGACACGUGUCCAGGGCUCAUAUCAGACGGCUUAGAUAGAGUUCAGUGGGUGAAUCGGGCGUACAGGAGAAUGGUUGAUCCUCUAGAAGGUUCUGGAAAGGCGCCGGAACUGGUGACGUGGCUGGUAGUGAAGGAGAAAAUAUUGUUGCCUAACUCACCAGCUUUUGCAUGCACUGUGAGGAUACUGCACACGAAGAACUCACAGACAAUGCCGUGUGAUGUAUGGAAGAUGGAAUUUGGAGGAUUUGCAUGGAGAUUUGAUGCUAAAGCUGCUCUUAGAUUGGGUCGUUAAUGAAGAAGCAGCUACCAGCUAAAUUUCUUAAAACUCAGAUGUCAAAUACUAACGGGAAAGGAUCGAUGAAGAGGAAGUAGAGCACAUACAUGAUUUUCUUCCUUUUAUUAGUUGAACUAUCACCUUAAACAUUUGUGUGUGUUGGGUAAUGUCACAAUCGGGUUCGGGUCGAAAUAAUGAUCGAACAUACUGUAUUUUUGAUGACUAAGUUACGAAAUAAAGUUGUAUUUUUGGUUUUA